AAAAUAAUUCAAAUCAGUCAGCAUUUAAAUACAUGAAAAUGUACAUAAAAAUACUAUCAUAUAGACGUUUAUACACUGUGUAAUAAUUAUCUUAUAGUAAUUAUUAACUUGAUUGACAGUUUCCAAUAGCAACCUAUUCAAUAAAACAAAGGAUUACUUCAUUGAAUAUUGAGUUAAUAUAUAUACAUUGAACAUUGAACAGAGUGAAAUUUGAACGCUACAUUGGGUCAACAGAUAUAUUGGAAUAGAUUUAGUUCACUAUGUAUACAUGAGUGGAUGAUUACGUCACACAGUAUUACAUACUACUAUUACUACUACUACUAAUAGUAAUAAUAAUAAUAACAAAACUAAUUUAAACAUGCAUACUGAUAUUAACAUUAUAAAUCAAUCGAAUACACCAAAUUUAACCUCAUUAAUUGUUCGUGAACGUUUAAAAAAUUGUGUAUUAAAUAAGCGUAAAAGUAAAGAACAAGGUAUUGGAGUGGUAAACACAUUAACAAAUCAUCAACAAGAAAGUCAAAUACAAACAGUCAAAUGUAAAAAUAACGCCAACAGCACUACUACUGAUAAAGAUCUUCAGUUUUAUAAUAAUAAUAAUGAUAAUAGUAAUAAUAAGAUAUCAGAUUUAAAUUUUACCGAAAAUAAUCUCGAUAAAAUAGAACACAGUAAUCUAAAUGAUUGUAUUACCCCACUGACAAUUGAUAUUGAAAAGUUAUCCACUGGGAGUAGUACAAAUUUAGCAAAUCAGAUGAAAUCUACAUUAUCCCAAUGUAAUAAUAAUAAUAAUAGUAAUAACAGUAGUAGUAUUGACGAUAAUAAUGAUAUUAGUAAUGGUAUAAGUAUUACUAAUAGUAAUAAUACUAAUAAUAAUAGUAGUCAGCCGACUCAACAACUGUUCGGCUCAUUUCAAGAAAAUGAAACACAAUACAUGAAUUUUCAAAGUUUACAGACAUCCAUCAUUGGAAGUGGUAUUUGCGGGAAUUUAGUCGGACAAAAUAAUGACAGUACACCGCCUCUACAACAACAUUAUCCUCAUCAUCUCAGUCAGCAUUCACAACAACAUCCACUUCGACAACAAUCUCAACAAAGAAUAACCAGUAGUGAAAAUCUACGUAAAACUGUCUCGGAACCAAGUUUAAAAAUGCGUAGUGGUUCUGGCGGUGUACAAAAGUAUCGUUAUAAACCAGAUCGUCGACAUUUUGGUGCUAAUUCAGCAACAGCUGCUGUCGCUGCAGCUGCAAUGGUUGCCUCUAAUGAUCCGUUAUCUGUAGUUGGCUUUUGGCCACAGUUGACAUCGGCAUUUCAACAUGCUAAUUUCAGUAUGCAAAAGUCCGCUGGUGGUAAAAAAUCCUCGUCGUCGUCAUUGUUGUUAUUACAACAACAGAAUCAAUAUCAACAACAGCAACAGCAACAACAACAACAGCCGUCACAGUCACAGUCUCAUGCACAAGGUCAACUUCAACAGCAACAACGCCAACAUCAACGACAAGAUACAAGUAGUAAUCCAUGUUUAACUCAAACAAACGAUGAUUUAAAUCUGUCGGAAUCUGAAGCAAAGUGUUUGACUCAACCUUUGCUACCGUUGUCAAAAACACUACAAGAUAUUAUUCUGGCUGAAUUUCUUAAAUCAAAUCAAUUAAGCGGUCAUACUAAUUCUAGUUCUACUACGACUUCUAAUACUACUGGUAGUAAUAAUAAUAAUAAUAAUCAAGAAUUAUUAGAAACGAUCAAUUCUUAUUGUCCUAACCCACAAGGUAUUGAAUCAAUAAAUUCGCUGAAUGAUAUCCCCAUGAAUCCGUGUAUAUUCAAUUCAACAAUUAGUGGAUUUUGUGCAAGUCUACCGAAUUUAACAGCACAAUUUCAACGACCUAAUCAAAAGAGCACUAAUACUCAUAAUAAUAAUCCAAAUGUGAAUAGUACAACGACACCGACGACCCUACCAACAAAUAAAUCAACGCCUACAACUCAAAAUGUCACUGCAUCAAGUUUCGAUUCGAAUGAUUUGAGUCAGUUAGAUACAAAUAUGUCAGAUGUCAAUACUUCAACGGAUAUUCAAGAAGAAUCGACUGAGGAAUUAAAUUAUAAUACACAAAUGCAUACAACAACACCAACAACAACGAAUAAUAAUAAUAACAAUAAUAAUAAAUUGUUCCAUUUAUUCCCAUAUCGUAGACAUCAAUCACUUGGAUUAAUUAGUCGAACAAGAUCUGCUCCGUUGAGUUUAGCUACAGGCUAUUCGACAAAUAGACAUUAUCAUCAGUUACACAGUUUCACCGGGGUGCAUAAUUCAAUGAAUUCAUCAACAUCUGUUACAUCAGCAGCGAAUAUUUUAGCUAUGGAAGCGGCGGCAGCCUCGAAUUUUGCCAGUCAACAAACAUCGAACACAUCAAAUCAAUUAAUUACAGAUCAAGAUGGGACAGAGCUGAAUAAAAAUGUUCAAUCAGAUGGGGAAGUAUCAUCAAGGAGUAAAGUUGUCCUACAGUUACGUAAAAAAAUAUUAGAAAGAUCAGAAUUUUUAACAUCAGAUCGUUCAGGUGUAAGCAGUUUAGAUUCAACUUCAUCUUUAUCUAGAACGUUGAAUCAAUCGAAUGGUCGUGGCAACCCCUUACUAGAAAGGACAGCAUCUAGUCCUGUCGUGAAUAUGGCGCCAACUUUAAGACCUGAAACUGUACCUGAGGCAACAUUCACAACAGUUUUAGCCUAUGAUUUAGGCAUGCUUGCACAUCACUGUACCUGUCAGACAGAUGCAAAUCAUCCAGAGAAUCCACAACGGCUGAUUUCUAUUUGGCAAAGACUUCAACAAACUGGUUUAGCUGCUCAAUGUCAUCAUCAACCAGGAAGGCGAGCAUCCCUAAUUGAAUUACAACUUGUCCAUCGUGAUGUUUACACAGUCCUGUUUGGAAGUAAUCCAGCCAGUAGAUGUCGAAUUGAUCCAACACUUUUAGCUACUGUACGCCUGUGUAGAUUAGCCUGUGGUGGUGUCGGUGUCGAUUCUGAUACUGCUUGGCAUACAGCUGGGCAUACAGCGCAUGCAGCUAGACUAGCCGCAGGAUGUGUCGUGGAUUUAGCCUGUCGUGUUAUGUUAGGUCAAUGUCCUAAUGGUUUCGCUUUGGUACGACCACCAGGACAUCAUGCAGAACCUGGUCAAGCUAUGGGUUUUUGUUAUUUCAAUUCAAUAGCAAUAGCAACUAAAAGAGUUCAAUUUCUUGGGUCAACAACACUUAGUAAUGAACAAAACUCUGUUAUAUCUUCAUUAACAAAUACAUUGUUCGAUCAGUCAGCUUUUCUCCCAUACACAAUAGAACCAACAUUGAAACCAAGAAUUCUUAUUGUCGAUUGGGAUAUUCAUCAUGGAAAUGGGACACAAACAGUCUUCUACACGGAUCCAACUGUCUUGUAUAUAUCAUUGCAUAGACAUGAUGAAGGCGGAUUUUUUCCUGGUACUGGAUCACCUGAAGAAAUUGGUGCUGGUCCUGGUGAAGGAUUUACAAUCAAUAUUGCUUGGCCAUCAGGUAUAGUGAUGUCUGAUGCUGAAUAUCUAGCUGCAUUUCGUUUAAUUGUCCUACCUGUCGCUUAUGAAUUUCAACCAAGUCUUGUCCUGGUCUCAGCUGGAUUUGAUGCAGCUCCGGGGCAUUCAGCUAAUCUUGGCGGUUAUUCUGUUAGUCCAGCAGCUUUUGGUUGGAUGACACGAUUGUUAUCUGUUGAUCGAAUAGCUAAUUCUAAAGUCGUCUUGUCUUUAGAAGGUGGGUAUGACUUGAAUAGUCUUUGUGAUUGUACAGAAGCUUGUGUUAGAGCCCUGCUACAGUCAGCUGCAGAAAUCAAUGAAAAAAAUUCUGUACCAAUCAGUGUUCCUGAUUUACUUCCAUUGAAACAGACAGAAAUGGAUCGUGUACCACAUCCUGCAGCGAUACAAACUUUACUAAGAGUAGCACAAUUACAUUCUUCUUACUGGAAUUGUUUCUCUAAAGAAAUCACCACUGAAUAUGCAUCGUUACCAGCGAGCAGGUGGUUACCGACAGUCUUUGAAAAUUCACCUAAACCAUCAACGACAGAUAAUACUUCUUUAGAAUCAGACAAUAUUUCUGCUGCAAUGAAUAUCAAUCGAAAUUUCUUUAAAUCUUUAAAUAAAGCAAAUCCCCUAGGCGAAAACUUCAAUGCAUUUACAUCCACAAAUAAUGCAUCCAUCGAAAAUAGUCGAUUGUUUAAUUUUGCUAUGCGACAAGCUUCUUCUAUGGAUGAAGCAACUGAUACUGAAAUGAAACAGAAUUUCACUCGAAGAAGAUCAGCUACUGGUCUUACUCUAUCGAAUAUUGAUUCAAAACAGUUGAUUGAUACAAAUGAAACUAUAACACGAAUAGCAUUAGCUCGAUUGGCUGAACUACACGUUACACAGAAUCAUGAAUAGUUUCAAUUCGAUUUUUUUGAGGGGUUCAAUGAAUAACUGAUUAUUUCAUUGUCAAGGUUGUGAUACUGAUAUUCUUAGUUUUGUUUUAAUAAACUAAUCAUGCAAAAAAAUAGAUUAUCCUACUAUUCAAAUCAGUGAAAAUGAGCACUAUUUUGGAUUAUAUUAUACAUAUAUAUAUGUAUAUGUAUAAUAUGAUAUUUCAUAUUGGCAUUUCAGUGGUUUGUCCAAAAAAUAAUUUAAGCAUUUACUAUUUUGAGCAUUUAUUCUUGUGUCAGUUGUUUUUUGUAAAUAAAAAAAGAAAGAAAACUUUUACGAGCAUUCCCUCGUGUUACAACAAUCAACUGAAUGCAAACAGUGUAUUUCAAUUUCCCGGUGCCUUAAAACUUGACAGCGCUUGUUUUAAUUUAUUAACGCUACCUCCAUAUUUACGUUCACUGUUCAAUGUUCGAUACACGCAUAUAUAUAUGUAUGUAUGUAAACAUAUACAUAAGCAUUACAAAUGUUUGAAUAUUGAUUAAUUUAAACAAACGAAAAAGAAGUAAGGCAACAGCUACUAUUGAACCUGUUUAAUUUUAGCUUUGCUUCGUUUCUUCUUCUUCUCCUUCUCCUAUUUGUUGUUUUUAACACUCUAAAGUUUUGUUCUUCCUCAUUUUUAUUUUUUUCAAAAUAAAAGAAAACAAUUAUUAUUUCAUUGUUUUAUGAAUUAUGUACUUUCUGGUAAAGUAUAUACAUCUAUACAUAUAUGUGUUUCUUCUGAAAAUUUUAUUUUUUAUUAAUAUACUACUAAUAAUAGUAAUAAAAUGCAUUUUUAUUAAUUUUUGCGUGACUAUUUUAUUUACCUUUUAUCCAGAAGAACGUGUUUCACCCUAAUUCAUAUGCGUGUGAGUGUAAUUUCUUGAUUUAUAUAUUCAUGUGAGUUGUGUUUGUUGAGCGUUAAUUGGUGUGUGUGUGUGUUUGAGUGUGUGAUUAUCUGGUUACUCAUUCACGCCUCACAUGAAUAUGGUAUUUCAUAUUAUUCCACGCUGAGUACAAUUUAUGUAUAAUUUUCAUAAUGAGAUGAUUCUGUUUCCUCUGAGACAUUCGCAGAGGGCAGAUUUUGUGUAUUCCUCUUUUCUGUUUUGUGUUUUGUUUUGUUUUUUUACUUUAUUCAUAAGUAAGUAUGAUCUGAAUUAUAAUUUAUGUGAAUUCUCAUUCUUUAUUGUCCGUUUUUGUUUUGUUCUGUUUUAUUUUUGAAUUUGCCAACUGACCUUGAUCAUUCAAUUUCUUUAGUGUAAAUAAACUAAAUGAAGAAGCAGACAGACAGACUAACAAACAAAUAAAUGUGUAAACAAACAAGGUAUCACCUUGAAAACAGAUCUGAAAGUUGAUAAACAAAUG